GUGAGCGCGCGGCCAGAAAAAGCAAAGCCGUACAUCCUUGUUUGGUGGCCACCCAUUGGUCGCGGGAGCAAUUUAAGGCAAACACUUGCUGCCUUAGGGUAUUAACUUACAGUCGUUCCAAAGUAUUCUACUGUCUUACACUACAGUUACAUCAGCAAGAAUGCAGGUCCUUCGCAAGUCCGCUCCUCAGUCGUCGGUGUCCGCGCGGCGCAAUGUGGCCCCUCGCCCGCGCGCAGUGAUUGCCCGUGUCAACGCCGAGAAAAGUGGCUUUGCAAAGUGGGCUGACUCUGUCGGUAUGGAUUCAUCUGACGGCGUGUUCGGCUUCACUCCUUUCGCCGAGACCUGGGUCGGCCGCUGGAGCAUGAUGGGCUUCGUGUCCUCCAUCGUAGUGGAGUUUGCCACCGGCAAGGGCACUCUUGCCCAGGUGGGCCUGGAUGCCCCCUCCAUGCCCCUGCUGGCUGCUAUGUGCGUGAUCUUCGGCGGCGCCACCGUGGCCGGCACCGCACUGACCAUCCAGCAGCUGGUGUCUCGCAAGAUGAGCCGCACCCAGGCUGAGCGCUACCGCUCCUUCCUGGGCCUGACCAAGAAGGACGACUGGAUGUCGGACAACGCCGCCCGCAACAUGAAGGGCAAGCCUGACUUCGCCAGCCCCGGUCUGGACAUGGCGGCCAUCGAGGCCACCCGCGCCGCCGGCAUGCCCGCCGACCGCUUCCUGAACGUCAACGGCACGGAGGCCGCCGCGGACGCCGCUGCCAGCGAGAUGAAGUCUUCGACUGCCACUGCCGUGGCGGAGCCCCCCGCUGCCCCCGCGCCCAAGCGCGAGCCGACCAUGCAGGACCUGUACGGUGUGGAUGACGUGACCUAUGCCCGUGAGGUGGAGAUGACCAACGGCCGCGCCGCCAUGCUGGGUUUCCUGGCCGCCAUCCUGGUGGAGGCCGGCACCGGCGAGGGCAUCAUCCGCCAGAUUAUCACCUACCUGAAGUGGUCUGGCAUCCUGGGCCCCAUGUCUGGCUUCUAAGCGCCCUGCAUUUGGGUCUGCCGGCCCGCGACGGCACGAGGGGAGAGCAGAUGUGAGAGCUGCCGAGAGUGGACAAUUCUGAUGUCCCGAGCGAUGUGUGUACGCUUGCUUGGUUGUACUUGUCAUGGUUGUAUGGUUUAGGCUGGGGUCGCACGGAUUCGUGCGGCGGGCCCCAGGGUCUGUUUGGUCAGACGUCACUUUGUUUCGGCCCGCAUGGGAUAUCAAAUGAACUUAGUAUUGCUGCGCCUGUCAAGUGUUUACAUUAUGUGUGUGAGUGAGUACGCAGCUGGGGUGGGCAUGGUCGAUGAGAGCAGUACUGUGAGGGUUCGGCAAUUAGCUAUUCUUUCGGUCAAGCGAACAACGCUUGAAAAUGCAUGCGAGUAGUUGGGAAGUUGAGCCCUACAUGCACGGGGACUGAAGGGCAUGAAGAUGGCGACUGCGGCACACAGGUGUUUUUGCGUGUCAGCCGUUUGUUGUGCGGCUCCGCGCGGGCCUGUUGGGCAGAGCAUGUCGAGAAGCGCACUAAGCCUCAUCAGACAGCGCAGUGAGGGUCUUCUGGUUUGUAAUCGGCAUCCAGU